AGUAUCAGCAGAUGGUGCUAGACCGUCUGCUAAGCAGUGUGUGUAUAAAUCUGCUGCAUGGGAUCAUAUGACCUCACUUCCAGGCAACAGGAGAGCCGGAUCACUAGGCUGAACCAUGAACAGUACUGGAAGUGUCGCCCUUUCUCUGGCCCUUGUUUUGCUCACACUGUGUGCAACAGGUCAUGCUCUUGAGUGCUACAAAUGCGACUACACUGCUGACAAGUGUCAGACGAAGGAAAUUUGUGGAUCAAAUCAAGAUGCCUGUAUGACACUUAGCAGAACCGCUGUGAGUGUGACCCGAUAUGGCUGCCGUGCCCUGGAUAGGUGUACUCCGAAGGCUGUGAAGGAGGAUCUGCAGAUUUCAAACUUCGAGAUAAGUUGCUGCCAAAGGAACCUGUGUAACAGCAGAAGUCCCAUCUCCCUUCCCAUGACGGCGCUUGUUCUGAGUCUGGCCACGGCCCUGCUGCUGAUCUUCUCACUGUGAUCCAGCCUGCCGACUGCUGCUUCCCGCACAGCGCUAGGAUGUAUGUCUAGAAUACAAGCGCCAUAAAGUUAACAUUGCGGAUUAAGUCUUAACCCGUGCUGAUUAUCACUCGCUGACCUUUCACUGCCUCUCUUGUGAACGUGUAAUGUAAAGCGGAGGCGAUAACAAAUUAAAACUGAUAAAACAAAUGUAUUCAAUGAUAAAAAGCUAAUGUAUCGCAUUCAACCCUGUCCACCUGCUGGCGUCAUCUUGGUAAUUCCGACGUGUAAGACAUUCUAUACCAGAGGAUGAGAACCUAGAAUAUAGUUUGAGUGUUUUGCACUCGCUGGUUGCAGUGACUUUUCAUGCGGCAUUAUAGUUUUGCAGAAGAUCUUUUUUUUUUUUUAACCCUGAAUCUAAACAUUACAUUAAUUUGGUUUGGAAACGAAUUUAUCCAGUAAUUCUUGCACACCAACCCUCAAAAUAGUUUUAGAAUUGAAAAAGAAGUUUGGCGCACAUCAUUGUCCAGGAUUACCAAUUGCCGGUCAGUUUAUUUGUAGUGACGGUGGCUAGUUCCCCAGAGUGUCUGCGACAAGUGGAAAUCGAUCCUUUCUAGAUGAGGACGGGUACUGAGCAAUAAAUAAAUGUAGUACGAUAAAUUGCUUAAUGCUCUGCAGUUUGAGGUUUUGCACAUCUUCAUACAUGGUUGGAAAGCUGAUCCGAGGAGUUUUGUGUUAAGUGCACCUGGUAUUUGCUUGAUUUGUAAGGGGUUGGGUAAGAAUAAAGGUAUUAGGAAGGGUACAGUAUUUGCUGUGAAAGGUGUAAUAAAUCUACCAGAUGCAUGCGGUGUAUCCUGAAUGUUUGUUUUUUCAUUAUUAAAGGGAAAUGAUUCUGAAA